UUAACAUCAAGUAAGAAAGCACGAGAAUUCCUUCCCUUCAGAACUUAUCAAAGUUACUGCCUGCACCAAUUUCGAUUUCUACCAACCCAUCAAUCCCUGUCGUUCAUGUCUCACUAACUCAAAUCAUGUCCAACUCCCUAGGGCUCCUACAGAGUACCAUGUCUCGCUCCCCGGUUCUACACCGAUUAUCCCUGCUCCGUCCUUCGACCCUCGUGCCUUGUCGAUUCAAAGGCCAUCUCUUGCCUCACCGGAAACCCCGAUGGAUUCCUCCGGCUAAAUCCAAGGUAUUCGUCUUGCCUCCCCCAGACCACACCCCCGAAUCGGAGAACACGCUCAUGAAUGAACUGGUGGUCAAUUACAAUGAGCGGCUUUCGGGGGUCACGCAGUAUCUCUAUGAGGACUUUUUGCGUUUCUCGGAUGUGGGUGAAGUAGGUCGAAUUGAAGCGGCCAAAGAGGCAGAGGAACAUCGAGCACGGGUGGCUGAGAAUGACCGAGAAAAUGCUCGCAUUGUGGAAGCCCGCAAACAACGCAUGGCCCAAGAGUUAGAGGACAAGAAGCGACGAGCCCAGGAAAAUUUGGAGGCGAUUCAAACGGCGGAUCAGGCGCGGAUUCGCGACCUCGAGGAGCGAGUUCAACGAGAAACUGCGAUUUUGCAAAAUGCCGUGACCAAAGAGAAUCUGGAUGCGAAGAUUGAAGAGGCUUUGGCCAAUCCCGUGGAUCACGAAUACGCUAUCGAUACAGAGGGGCAUAUAUAUUAUGGACGUUACACGGCUUCAAACGAUGUCCCCGAAAAUCAGCGGAUCAAGAUUCCUGUGCCUAAAAACGAGAUGGAUUUUCUGACUUCAGAUGACGACGCUCAGUUAGAACAUGAAAGUUAGUUCGUUGCAAUAAAUUUUGUCACGAUUGGUAGAA